AUGACGGUGGCCGACCACACGGUCGUCGUCUUUGACUGGGACGACACGCUCUGCCCGAGCUCGUGGCUCCAUGCGCAUGAGCUCCUGCCUACGUACCAAGGCCACGCCGUCGAGCUGCCGCCGUUCGUGCGCGACGUCCUCGCGAUGCUCGCCGAGAAGGUCUGCGACCUGCUCGUCGCGGCCAAUGCGCUUGGGCCCGUCUUCGUCGUGACCGCGGCCGAGGGCGGCUGGGUCGAGACGGCGUGCGCGCUCUACAUGCCGUCGGUCGGGUCGCUGCUCCAGCGGUCGCCCGACAUCCACAUCGUCUCGGCGCGCGCGUGGUUUGAAGGUACGUACGGCUCGGGCGGCGACGCGCGCCAUUGGAAGCUGGAGGUGCUCGGCGUCAUCGCGAGCAAGUGCUUCGUCUCGGGCGGCGGCAACCUCGUGUCGGUCGGCGACUCGCUCGCGGAGCGCGACGCUUGCCACGCCGUCGUGACCCACUGCCCAAACAUCCUCGCCAAGACGCUCAAGUUCAUCGACGUUCCGGACGUCCUCGAGAUCGCGUCGCAGGUCGAGCUGGCCUUUGGGUCGCUCCACCACAUGUGCGUGCACGACGACCACCUCGAUCUGCACAUCACGCGGGACCAGCUCCUCCGGCCCUAA